UAUUAUUAUUCUGUUAUGUUACCAAGGCAAAGGAGUAGCUUCCCCUGGACGAGAACUCGUUUGCCUUUCAGCUCUAAGCCUUCCUUUCGCUUCGACCAUGAAACUCAGUCUUACAACUCUCAAUUCCUUUCGGGCUUUUAAUUCCUUAAAUCCAAGGAAUCCAAUUCCCUUUCCUAGACCCUCAAAUCCAUUCUCUAUCUCUAAUCAGUCACUCUCUGUAAUCCACCAGUCUUCCAAACCUUCCCGUUUCCUUCCUAUUUGCUUUUCAAAUACCACUAAACAAUCCAAUUCCAGCAACGAAAUAUCGUCUCUUUCCAACGCCGAGUUGACUGGGACUUCAAAUCAAAGUCUUGGUGAAGAUGAAUUGGAGAAGAAUUUGGGUGUGCAAGUUGGAAAUCCCAUUGUUCCCUCGUAUAUUCCGCCAUCUGCUAAGCUUAGUUUGAGUGACCAAGCUUUCUUUCUCUUGUCAUUUAUCGCUUGCACGACUUCUAUAGCUUUUACAAGCUUUGUCAUCGCUGCCAUCCCAACACUCUAUGCAAUGGGGAGAGCUGCAAAAUCUCUUUCAAAGUUAGCAGAUACAGCUCGGGAGGAACUCCCUAGUACAAUGGCCGCAAUUAGGCUUUCAGGCAUGGAAAUCAGUGAUCUUACAUUGGAAUUAAGUGAUUUGAGCCAUGAGAUAGCUGAUGGGGUCAACAAAUCAGCUCAAGCUGUGCAAGCAGCAGAAUCUGGGAUUCGACAAAUUGGUACACUUGCUCAUCAGCAGACUAUCUCAAUGAUUCAAGAGAGAGCCAGCCUUCCUAUCAUCUCACUGCAGCCUGUAGUUGCUGGGGCUGCAAAGAAGACUUCCCGUGCUGUUGGCCAAGCCACCAAGACCUUCAUGAAUAUCAUCUCACGAGGGGAGUUUACCUCAGAAAAUGAGGAUAAUAAUGAAAUUGAAAGGUUGGACAUUUAAGAGUCACUUCUGAUUUAAAUGAUUACUUGUGUACAUAUUUUGGAGAGCUGCUACUGCUGCUACUGCUAUACGGAUAUUGUAAAUGCUUUUGGUAAUCUACAAAUUUUUGUCCCA